AUCCAAUGGGAUCGUAUCUUUCAAGUUUGCUCGGCGGAGGCGCGGCGGAAGCGGCAGAGGCAGAAUCAGGAUCGUCGUCAGAACCGUCGCGUGUGAUUGCUUUUCAUUCGUCCAAUCGGUGGCAACUUCACUUCAAUUCCUCCAAGCAAUUAAAUAAACUGAUAGUAGUGGAUUUUGCGGCUACAUGGUGUGGGCCCUGCAAGAUGAUGGAGCCGGUUAUUAACGCCAUGUCUGCCAAGUAUACCGACGUUGACUUCGUCAAAAUCGACGUCGAUGAGCUCUCAGAUGUAGCACAAGAGUUUGGAGUACAAGCUAUGCCAACAUUUUUGCUGCUGAAGCAAGGAAAGGAAGUAGAGAGAGUGGUUGGGGGUAAGAAAGAUGAGCUCGAGAAAAAGAUUCUCAAGCACAGGGAAGCCCCUAAAUUUGCUGCCUAGUAAUUAUCGAGCUAAAUUUCAUAUCCAAUAAAUUAACAGAAAAGAAAAGCAUCAUUUCUACUUUACUACCGUAUUGUGAUGUAACGUAAUAUUGAUGGGAUUUGACUAUGGUGGAUCUCUUUGAUGUCUUUUCCAGUUUUUCAUGCGCAAUUUUCUAUGUGUGUGUGCGUGUUUGGAAUUGAAAACAAUGUUUCUAAGUUUGUGUU